AUGUGCCACCUACAGUUGUUCACAAAAAAAGCCUACACUGUGGAUCAGUAUCAAAAUACAACAAAAGAGGUACAUAGAUAUGAUCUUAAUAUUACCCAAGUUGAUGCAAUUGUUCCAAACUAUCUAACUGCUUACCCAGUGAGAAGAAUUAGAAAUCGUAUUUCAGUCGGUUUUCAACACGUGUUAGUACUAAACCAAAAUGGGAAGUUGUACUCUACAGGUAUUCCUUCUUAUGGAAAUCUGGGAAGAACCAACACUGAUUCAAGAAUGUUAUAUAACUUGCCUGUUCAAGGAUUGGAUGGUCUUGAUAUCCUUCAAUUUGAUGCCAAUUAUUACUCAAACCUUGUUUUAACCAAUGAUGGAGUUUAUUCAUUUGGGUUGAAUGACAAAUCACAGAUGGGAACUGGAGAUAGAAAUGACAGAUAUGUCGCUGGAAAGGUUUACGGAUUUGGUGGACAAAAUAUUGUUCAAAUAGCCAUGGGACGCCAAGCAUCCUAUGCCAUUGAUUCCAACGGCAAGUUAUGGGCCUGGGGUGACAAUACCAUGUACGGUCAAUUGGGAGACAGAACCUUUUCUGAAAAGAAUCGUCCUUUCCCAGUUUACAGCUAUGGCGCUAUUAACAGCACGGCUGUGGUUAGGGUUUGUGGGGGUGGUUACUUUGCUCUUGCCUUACUUGCAAAUGGAAAUAUGGUUUCGUUUGGUGAUAAUUCAUAUGGACAGCUAGGUGUUAAUAACCCAUUAAUUUCAAAAUCGGGAGAACCAUUGUUGGUGGUUAAACCUUCAGAACUAGCCUCAAAGACAAUUGUUGACAUUCAAUGUGGUUAUGAUUAUGCAAUGGCCCUUACAUCAUCAGGUGAUGUAUAUACUUGGGGAAACAACAAUUACGGCCAAUUGGGUGAUGGAAGUUCUGGAGGUAAAUCCCCAAUUCCACAAAAGAUCACAAUUUCUGGCUGUACAGUAUCCCAAAUCCACACAAAAUACCAAAGCUCAUUUGCUUUGUGUACAAGCAACGAACUGUAUUCAUGGGGAAUGAACUCUGUUGGCCAACUUGGAAGAACUAGUAACCAAAUACCAACAACUACCCCAACCAGAGUUGAUCCUUCGUCGUUCUUGUCCAGCACUGAUGACUAUUUGGGCUUCCCCAAAAUUAUUGAGAUAUCCUCCAAUUUUAACAACAUGUUCCUUACCACAUCUGAUUUGAGUAUUUAUGGAACCGGAUCAUGUAUUGAUGGUUCUAAACAGCAAUUUGCCUUCUUCUACACUACAAGAUCCAGUGAUUAUGGGGCUUGCACUAGUUCCAAUAUUUUCUCCUUGAAUUCAAUGUCAAAGAUGCCAACUUUCUCUUCUAUUAGUUAUCCAGUAUCCCUUAGAAAGGCCCAAUAUUUUGAGAUUGGAACAAGAGCCUACCUCCUUCAAACAGAUACAGUAGUUCCAACCAGACCUAAUAAUGGCUUUAAUAUGUAUUAUAAGCAAUUUGCUGAUCCAGAAAACUCUUGGUCUAUUAUCGAACGAAAUGAAGCCACCAACGCAGGUUUUCCUGUAUCAAUUUACAACAGCCACUUCCUUAAAGCUGAUGAAUAUGUCUACUUCUUUGGUGGUUUCAUCAAUGACGAAGUUUCAAAUAAGAUUUACAGGGCUCCAAUUUAUGAUGUUGAAUCUGGAUGGGAACUCUGUAAUUUUACUCUACCAUAUUCUGUUGCAAGUGGUAUGACAACAGUUAUUAAUGGAUACAUUUAUAUUUUUGGUGGUAUAACCAAGAUCUAUUCCUACAAUGGCGGUGAACUUCCAACUCUUUCUCCAACAGUUACAAACCAAAUAAUUAGAGCCCCAAUUAAUAAUUUGACAAAUUGGAUGGUUGUUUCAGGAAAGGUAUUGCCAUCCGCUAUACACAGUGCUUCCAUUACAAUUAUUGACAAGUAUGUCUAUUUAUUUGGAGGUUCCCCAUCUUAUUACUCUUCCAGCCAAGAAGUUUACAGAGCUUUGAUUACUGAUCCUUCAUCUUGGGAAAUGACUUUUGGUUUACUUCCAUUCUUUGUAACAAAUGGUGCUUUUAUCUCAACUGGUAAUGAAUUGUUAAUGGUUGGAGGCACAGCUUCUGGCAGUUUAGUGAAUGGAGGAUUUAUGGCGAUUUCAAAGAAGUCACAAUUUGACCCAGUCGGCUCAUGGAUGGCUAGUGAUGUAUUCUUACCUUCAAAUGCUGCCCAAUCUCUCAUUACAGUGAUUAGAAACGACACAGUAUUGCUCUACGGAACUGAAUUGCACCGUAGUACUUCUUACACUCCCCACUCACCAAAAAUUGGAAGAGUUUUGAAGCUUGCACUCGAUCUGUACUAA